CUGCCUCUCUCAGAGGCACCUAAGUGUGUUUUUUUUUGUUUGUUUUUUUUUGCACAAACCAGUACACAUUUUUGUACUGAUUCUUAAAGUUUUUCUCUUUAAAGACUAUUUGAAAGGUUUUUUUUAUAAUGUGUUGCCACCCUCCUCCCCCUCCAAGUCACAGUUAAUUCAAACCCAACUGUGCUUGAUAAACGUAUACAACUGUGUGAAUCAGCUUCUCCCCUGUUGUGUGAAAGCAGCCAAGGAGAACAGGGCAUUUUAAAAAGUGGCAGACUGACCGCAGAGUCCCACUGAGGAUGUCUCUGUGCGUCAGAUAAGUCUCCCCCAGGGGCCAAAUGGUUCAGCACCCACAGCUGUGAUAACAUCAUGGCAUUGUGGUGUCCUUACUACUCCAAGCCAAACUCUGGCAGGGCAGGGAGGCUCAACAAACUUAGUGUUAUAAUAGCUUGUACAAACUUAGAAAAGUAAAUCCUCUGAUUACACUUUCACUAGUUUCGCUUGAUCUGAAGACUGGAAUAUGAUUCAUAAUUGAUACAUGAUCAUUGUGUAAUUCCAAAAUGUUGCUGUCAUUUCCUGCUUUAUAAUCCCAACCAGUCAACAUCCUGUGAGUUAGGGGAAUCCAGAGAGGAUAUGGGAGCCUCCGCACUCCUCCAUGAUUCAGCUCCACUUUGUUCAAACUUCCCCUCUCGCUUUAGGAGGCAGGGAGCGUUUUCCAAGUAUAAAAUGUGCAUCCUGUUCUCAGAGCCACAACUUUUUCAUUUUCUGGGAUCAUACAGCAAUGGGAUGGUCUCCAUAAAGCUGCUCUGAGCUGUGUUUAAGAGACUCCACUGACUGCCUCCGGGACCAAAUGCAGUACAUGAUGAGAUCCCUGCAGGACUUGAAGCAGAUCGGCAGGCCGAGGCCGCUGAGUGAGCCAUGUGUUCGGUCCUUUGCCGCAACGCGGGCUUGUAAACAGAGGGCACAGCAGGAGCGGCUCACUCGACUACGUGUCUCUGACGCCAGUGAAGCCAGCACGUAUGACUCUGCCUGCUGCCUGGCCAGCCCCUUGGAAGAGGAGGAAGAGCAGGAGAAUGAUCGACUGGCACAGGGCUCCCCCAGCAGUGAAAAGAGUGUGGACUUUGACUCAGGCUACUCUGAGGCUUCUUGGCAAGAUGAAGGUGUGGUGCUGAGGAGGACCAGAAACGUGCGAGUCUCCUCCUCUGCGUGCCUCCGCACAAACAGGGGACCCUCUUCCCGUAUCCGUCCCAAAUCAACCUCUGACGCUUGCCUGGAGCGCUGGACCUCAUUUGAGGCCAGCGACCCGGAGGACUGGACCACAUCGCUGCUGAGCCGCAGCAGGAACAGACAGCCCCUCGUACUGGGGGACAACAGCUUUGCUGACCUUAUAAAGAACUGGAUGGACCUACCAGAGUGUCCAGAACCAGCACAACUGAAGCCCAGUGCCGGCAGGCGCCUCGCCAAAGACAUUUUGGUCAACAUGCGCAAGAGACUGGCAGGAAUGUCUAAGAGUGUGGAGGUCAGGCCAAGGCCAGCAGACUCCACAAGGGUCAGCAGGGAUGCACAGGCUCCCAAACGGAUGUCCUGCCCUGUGGGACUCCAGGCUCUCAAACCUUUCUUUCACCAGUCUCACACAGGACUGCAUCAACUGGACACUGACUUUUACCAGUUCACCGCACUCAUGAAAACCGGCAGCCGACAGCCCAUCAUAUGCAAUGACAUCAUUGGAUACAUUUGAGUGAGGCUAUAACUACGGACUGACCCUUUAACAGACAUUAAAAUAAUAUUAAUAAUAUUGUUCUAUUUUCGUAAUUGGAUUUUGUCCAUAAUGUUGAUACAUCUGGAAUAAAUGUCUUUUUGUGUAUUUAA